ACCCUUGCGCAGGCGCAGUCCUGAUGCUGCGCUCGGUGUCUCGGGCUGUGGAUCGCGCUGCAGUCCGCUCAGCGCGAAGUUCUCGGCCGGCCCAGUGUCGCACCGUCGUCAUGUCCCGGCCACCGCCGCCAGGGACCACCGGGGGCACUCCGGUUCAGCCCGCCACGGUGCUGGGCACCAUGGAAAUGGGGCGCCGCAUGGACGCGUCCGCCAGCGCCGCGUCCGUGCGCGCCUUCCAGGAGCGCGGCCACACGGAGCUGGACACGGCCUUCAUGUAUAGCGACGGCCAGUCGGAGAGCAUCCUGGGCGGCCUGGGGCUCGGGCUGGGCGGCGCAGAUUGCAGAGUGAAAAUAGCCACGAAGGCCAACCCUUGGGAUGGAAAGACACUGAAGCCUGACAGUCUGCGGUCCCAGCUGGAGACUUCACUGAAGCGGCUGCAGUGUCCCCGAGUGGACCUCUUCUACCUACAUGCACCUGACCACGGCACCCCAGUGGAGGAGACACUGCGCGCCUGCCAGCAGCUACACCAGGAGGGCAAGUUUGUGGAGCUUGGCCUCUCCAACUAUGCCGCCUGGGAGGUGGCCGAGAUCUGCACCCUGUGCAAGAAGAAUGGCUGGAUCCUGCCCACCGUGUACCAGGGAAUGUACAACCCCAUCACCAGACAGGUGGAAACAGAGCUCUUGCCCUGCCUCAGGCACUUUGGAUUGAGAUUCUAUGCCUUCAACCCUUUGGCUGGAGGCCUGCUGACCGGCAGGUACAAGUACGAGGACAAGAACAAGAAACAGCCCGUGAGCCGCUACUUCGGGUGUAAGUGGUCUCACGUGUACAUGAAUCGCUACUGGAAGGAGCACCACUUCAAAGCUGUUGCUCUGGUGGAGAAGGCCCUGCAGUCCGCCUAUGGCACCAGCGUCCCCAGCAUGACCUCGGCCACCCUGCGCUGGAUGUACCACCACUCCCAGCUGCAGUUAAGCCAGCCGGAAGUUGAAAGACCGGUAACCAAAGGCAGCUUUCCCCAGCUGUGGAGGCCUCUGCCACAAGGUGCCCAUGGGGACGCGGUCAUCCUGGGCAUGUCCAGCCUGGAGCAGCUGCAGCAGAACCUGGCCGCUGUGGAGGAAGGACCCCUGGAGCCGGCUGUGGUGGAGGCCUUUGAGCAAGGCUGGCACCUGGUUGCCCACGAGUGUCCCAAUUACUUCCGCUAGACCUGGUGUGACUCCAGGUGCCACAGGCGCCCCCUCUUUCCCUCAUGGAUUCUCUCACCCUGGCCACUUUGCCUUAAGCUGCCUCAGCGUGCUGUCUCCCCAUGGCCUCAAUCAUGCAGCCUUUUCUAGAUUCCUGCCCUGCUCCCUGCCGCCCUGACACCAUGGACACCCUGGGGCUGAGCCCUCCAGGAGCCUCUUGGUCUCAAUAAAGCAGUCCUCGCCCAGCUGCUGCCCUGGCCUGGAGAAACACCGGCUCUCUUGUCUCCUGUCACUGCCUCUUGCCACCCUGCUGGGGUAGGGGGGGGGGUCUCUGAGAAAGGGUGGAGCCGUGAGCUGGGGUCUCCAGGGGGCAGAGGUUGUGGGCCAGGCUCAGGGGUGCCCUGGCCUUGCAAAGGUCUCCUGGGUCCUUGUCCUGAGCCCCGCCUGACCUCUCUGUGUCCUACUCGGAGGGGGAGGGUGGGCCAGGCAUUGGAGUCACUUUCCUCUCAUUAAGGAUUAUAGUGCCAAAUACUCAGAAUUGGAACAAUUAUGGGCACAAAUUACCAUUUGCAUCACUGAUAAGAUGAAGAAUGAUACUUCUCA